CUACCUUUUUCCCUCUUAUAAAAAUUUUUGUAUUUACUAUUAUUCAACAUGAUCUUGCUAGUUCAAAUGUGUAAUUUUAUUGAAAAGCAAUGUCUUAAAAUUAGUGGGCAGUUGGUUUGGACUGAAUGUCAAAUUGGACAAGGAAAAUGUAGAACAUUGAUUGAAGCAGUAGUCUUUUCCCUAAGAGUAUUAUUAGGAUAAAGAUGAUGGCCAAGAAAGGAACAUUAUGAUGUCAUUUUCUGUUACAGGGAUCAAUUUGGUCUAAAUUGACGAACUGAACAUUAUAUCAAAAUAGGUUGUUAGAUACCAAUGGGGAUUGGUCUGGGUGGAGGUCCUUUAAAUAAAAAGUCAAGUGUUUCAUCUUUGUAACUAGAGAAAAUCCCCAUUAGGAGCGCUUUUCCCAUAUGGGUCUGACGUGAUUCAGAUAAGAUCGAACUUAAUCCAAUGGGCUAGGAACACUUGUUGUAUUAACCAAAAAGAGAUAGGUAGUUAGAUGGUUUGAGAAUCAAUUCUUGGAUGAAGAACGCAUAUUAUGUUAGGUCUAGAUGCCUCUCUAUUCUUUUAUUGCUUUUUAUUUUUUGAGCAAAGAUGCCUCUAUAUUCUCAAUUUAAUGAUUUUGAGUGACAUAAGAAACAUGAUCAUUGUUACGGGGAAAUGGAGCUUAAAGCAGCAAGUACUUGAUGCAAACUCCUCUUACUGUAGCUGGCAAAAUUGGGUAGUGGAAUUAGCAACCAAACUCUUCUCUUGCAUGGAUCGGGCUAAUGAAAUAUAUAAGAAGGUAGAAGAUCAGAAACCUCUGAAAGGGCGAAAUCAAGAUGCAAUUUUGGCUGCUUGUCUCUAUAUUGCUUGUCGACAAGAGAACAAGCCACGGACUGUGAAAGAAAUCUGUUCUGUUGUCAAUGGACCAACAAAGAAGGAAAUUGGUCGAGCAAAAGAGUUCAUUGUUAAACAUCUGGAAGUAGAGAUGGGGCAUUCUGUGGAAAUGGGAACUAUACAUGCUGCAGACUAUCUGAGACGUUUUUGCUCCAACCUUGGAAUGACCAAUCAAGCAGUUAAGGCAGCCCAAGAAGCUGUCCAGAAAUCUGAAGGACUUGACAUAAGGAGGAGCCCAAUAUCAGUGGCAGCAGCGGUUAUUUAUAUUAUUACUCAACUUACGGACGAUAAGAAGCCUCUCAAAGAUAUUUCAGUUGUGACUCGAGUUGCUGAAGGCACUAUCAAGAAUGUCUAUAAGGAUCUUUCUCCUCAUUUGUCAAAUAUAAUACCGAGCUGGUUUGCCAUAGAAGAAGAUGUCAAGAAUCUGCGUCCAUAGAUAUGCUCCGAAAAUAGAUGGUUAUACUUAUUUUACAAGCCGGUUUGCCAAGAAAAAAUAUACAAAAUAUCUGGCAUCCAUAGAUAUGCUCAGAAGAUCGGAUGGUUAUAGUUUCAUUAGAGGGUCGAGUUUGGUUUUGCUCUCAACAAACAUAAAGUCUCAAGAAGAUAUUUCUUAUACCUUUUUUCUCAUCCUGUACAUAGAAUAGAAUAGGGUUUUCUUGCAUUGUUAUCUUUCUGGAAUCAUCAGUAAGCAAAUAAUAUUUAAUCGAAAUUUAAUUAAUUUGACAAAGAAUUAUAGUUGA